AUGGCCGUUUAUACUGUGGAAUUUCAAAAACGUGGAUUGCCUCAUGCUCACAUUUGCAUUUUUUUGAAACCGGAAUCCAAAAUUUUGUCCGUUGAUCAUCUUGACAAGUUCAUUUCUGCUGAGAUACCUGAUAAGAGAGAAGAUCCAAGCCUAUAUGCACUUGUGACUGAUUUCAUGAUUCAUGGUCCAUGUGGAAAUGCAAAUCCGAGUUGUCCUUGUAUGGUUGAUAGUAGAUGUUCAAAAAACUAUCCCAAAAAAUUCAACCCUGAGACCACCACUGAUGCUGACGGUUUCCCUGUAUAUAGAAGAAGAGACAAUGGAAACACUGUUAUAAAGUCCAACGUUCAAUUAGACAACAGAAGUGUUGUUCCUUAUAGUCUGGUUCUUUUGAAAAGAUACCAAGCUCACAUUAAUGUUGAAUGGUGCAAUCAAGCUGGUUCUAUUAAAUAUUUGUUCAAGUACAUUAAUAAAGGCGCAGAUAGAGCUUCCCUUGUAGUGUCAAACCGAGACGGUACAGAAAAUGAACAAACAACAAAGGAUGAGAUCAAAGCGUAUUAUGAUGGUAGGUACGUUUCAGCAUGUGAAGCUUCUUGGAGGAUAUUUGCAAAUGAGGUUCACUUUAGGUUUCCUCCAGUUAUGAGACUUCCUUUUCAUCUUGAAGGUCAACAAAAUGUUGUAUUUGGAGCCGAGGACGAUAUACAAGAAGUUUUGGAUAAGCCAUCAGUUUCUUCUUCGAUUUUUCUAAAGUGGUUUGAGAUGAACAGAAACGAUGAAGAUGCACGGAAACUUACCUAUGUUGAGUUUCCUACUAAAUUCUGUUGGAAGUUAACAGAUAGAGUAUGGAAACCCCGUAAAAGAAAGCUGUUACAGAUCGGACGGAUUCAUUCUGUUUCCCCUGCUGUGGGUGAACCGUAUUUUCUUAGAAUUCUCCUAAACAAAGUCAAAGGACCCAAAUCGUUUGAAGAUAUUAGAACUGUUGAUGGUCAGGUGUUUCCAACUUUCAGGGACGCGUGUUAUGCUAUGGGUUUGUUAGAUGAUGACAUGGAGUACAUUGAAGCAAUUAAGGAAGCCAAUUUUGCGGGUGAUGGUCGUUAUACUCGUGCACUUUUUGUUACUUUGUUGUUGUCAAACACAUUGUCAAGACCUGAAUAUGUAUUUGAACAAACAUGGAAAUUAUUGGGCGAUGACAUCUUAUACAAUAGAAGAAGAUCAACAAAAAACAAAGAACUUGUAAUGUCUGAUGAGAGGUUGAAGAAUCAGACAUUGGUUGAGAUUGAAAAGUACCUGAUUCGAAAUGGUUCCUCUUUGAUACGAUGGCCGACAAUUCCUUAUCCUGAUUACGAUUCCUUUGAUGUUGGAAACAAUCGUUUGGUUGACGAAGAAUUAUCUUUUGAUAUUCCGCAGCUUCAGAGUGAGUUACAUACUCUUAUAUCUUCAUUGACUGACGAACAAAUGUCCAUUUAUAAUCAAAUUAUGACAGCAGUUGAAGAUGGAAAAGGAGGUGUAUUUUUUGUAUAUGGAUAUGGUGGAACAGGUAAGACAUUUCUCUGGAAGACUUUAGCUUUAUCCGUUAGGUCUAGAGAACAGAUCGUACUAAAUGUUGCUUCGAGUGGUAUUGCUUCUUUGCUAAUGUCAAGAGGUAGAACGGCACAUUCUAGAUUUCACAUUCCCAUAAAUUUAGAUGAGAGUUCGAUGUGUCACAUAAGGGCUGAUGGUGAUGUAGCCUACUUGCUUAAGCAUACUAGGUUAAAUAUAUGGGAUGAAGCACCCAUGGUACAUAGGCAUGCGUUCGAAGCUUUAGACCGAACCUUUAAAGAUGUUUUGGUUGACAAAAGCAAUUCUCAGUCGGAUGUUUUAUUUGGAGGUAAAGUAAUUGUGUUUGGUGGUGAUUUUAGGCAAAUUCUUCCUGUUAUUCCAAACGGAAGUAGGCAAGAAAUUGUUAAUGCUUCGUUGAGUUCAUCUUACAUAUGGUCACACUGUAAAUUACUUACCUUAACAAAAAACAUGAGGUUGACUAUCGGUGCUUCACAAUCCACAAUGGUGGAGACUGAGAAAUUUGCCAAAUGGCUUCUUGAUAUCGGGGAAGGUAAAGUUGGAGGUGACAACGAUGGCGUUGCAAUUGUAGAAAUACCUUCUGAUAUUCUAAUUACAGAUUCUUCCGAUCCCAUUGAAAGUUUAAUUCGAUUUGUGUAUCCGUCGGUUUUAGAAAGAUAUAUGGAUCUAGAUUAUUUUUCUGAAAGAGCCAUUCUGACACCGAAAAAUGAGGUCGUUCAUGAAAUAAAUGAUCGAUUGUUAGAGUUGUUUCCUGGUGAACCAGUAGAGUACCUAAGCUCUGAUACUAUAUGUGAAACUGAAAAAGGUAUUGAUUCCUUCCAACAAGAGUUGUAUUCACCUGAUGUUUUGAAUGGUUUAAAGAUAUCUGGUUUACCAAAUCAUCGUCUGGUUCUAAAAGUUGGUGUUCCUAUUAUGCUUCUUAGGAACAUUGACCAACAGAAUGGAUUAUGUAAUGGUACAAGGUUAAAAGUUACAUAUCUUGGAAAGAGGGUUAUGGAAGGUGAAAUUAUAUCAGGUGCUAAUGUUGGAACUAGAACGUUCAUUCCAAGAAUUAGCAUGAUUCCAUCCGACAAAAAAAUACCUUUUGCUUUUCAAAGACGACAAUUUCCUGUUGCUGUGUGUUUUGCUAUGACAAUCAACAAGAGUCAAGGCCAGUCUUUGUCUAAGGUUGGUCUUUAUUUAAAAGAACCAGUUUUCACACAUGGCCAGUUAUAUGUGGCAUUAUCUAGAGUUAAAUCAAGACAAGGGGUGAAGAUAUUAAUUCUUGAUAAGGAUGGGAAACCUACUAAUACAACAACCAAUGUUGUUUAUAAAGAAGUGUUCACUCACCUUUGA